UCGGUUGAAGUGAUAACAACUAGAAAAGCUCAAGAAAAUUCAAACAAAAAAUUAUUUAUUUUCUCUUAUAAAUUUAUUUAUUCAUACAAAAAGUUCAAAAAAUGACGAAUCAAAGACAAGUCAUGGGAUGGUCGCUGUUUACUCUUAUCGUCAGUCAUUGUCUGCUGAUGACUUUCGCUUACCCACAACAACAUUCACAACCACAAGUUGGAGCUUAUCAACAUCCGCAAAGCAGAUUUUUACCACGAGCACCGCCAGCACCUGAGAAUUCUCGCAAAUAUGCUGAGAAGCCAAAUGCCUUGAAGAAAGUAGCAUUGGACGAUAUUGACGACGACAUUCAAACGAACCAGAUUUCUGAUAAUGCAUUCUCUUGGUCCAACAUGUUAGGUAUGGUCAUGCAAAUGUUUUUCAACGGUGCUCAAGUCCAAAACAUGCCGUCAAAAUCUGAUGACAUUGAUAAUGGCCUCGCACCAUCACCAUGGGCCAACAUCAUAUCAGUCGGAUUAAAAAUCAUUACAGCUUUGUUAGGCGGUGGAGCAAACAACGAUGGAAUCGAUAAAGUCGAUAACGGCAACUCACCAAUGCAGGGAGUUCUUGCAGCAGUUUUCAGUACAAUGUUUGGUACGAAAGAUCCGGAACAAGUGAACACGAUGGCCAAACAAGCGGGCGAGUUCAUUAGCAUUGUCGUUAACUUGUUAGACGCUUUGAAGACUUCAUUCUCGCAUCGUUCAUUGAACGCAAGAUCAAUGGGAAAGAAAGAUUCGAUGAGCGACGCUGCUGUGGCUUCAAUCAGCAUGAUCAAAGGCUACGUCAGAACAUAUCAAAGCAGAGGAGACAAAUGCAUGCAAAGAUAUCUUUGUGAAGCUAAUGAAGAAUGUUCAACAGAUGUUGGUGGUCAAAGCAUCUUCUGUCAACUAGGCACAUAUGCAACAAGUUUCCUACUUGAACGUCAAAGUGGAAACACAUUCGAAUCACUCUACGAAGCUGGUCGCAAAGGUCGCAGUGGUGUUGACUGCAAACAAAUUUAUCUCGAAUGUAACGAAGUCUAAGACAAGAAGCUGAAAAAUUCUUCUAAAUUCGAUAAAUUUAGUUUAGAUUUAAUAAUUAUUGAAGAACAAAAGAAACUAUCUCAGCUUCUGUCUGCUCAAAGCAAACAUUCUCAAUUGUGAUUCGAAUGAAGACAAACAAAAAGAUGGAAAAACUUUUUACACUUACAAAUUAAAAAAACUUUGCAACUUUGUCGCAGCUUCUUUCUAUCCUCUGUUGCACAUCAAGACUUCCGUGGCUUCACCCCCGCGUAGUUAACGUUAGUUAUUUAUUCUAAUUAUUAUUUAUUUACAAUACACUUAACAGCUUCUUUUUGUUGCGUAAAUGACUGAACUUACAAAUGAAUGCAUGUUUGAAUGAAUGAAUUUUACAAUUGUAGUAAUAUUAAUGAAGAUUGUCUUACUUUAUGAUUUUGCAUGGGUGAUAUCUGUUCACAAUUUCCCCUGUUGCUGCAAAUCGUGUUUCAACGUUAAUUGUUUUUCUCUUUAACUACCAACAAACCCAGCCUGUCAUACACAAAAUAAACAUUGUUUUGCUUUUGUUGUUAAUCAUAAAUAGGAAAAUUUUCUCUUUCUUUUUAAAUUGAGGAAGAUUUAAGCAUAAAUGUAGAAAUAAAAGUAAAGAAGAAAAAAAGAAACGCAAUAAAAUGAAAAUGAUAAUAAAAUGUUUGCGGU